AUGAGAAACUCUAUUCCCCAUUCGUACAGCACCCAGAACGAAAUUGAAUUUGAAGACAAUGCUUUUGAUGAAGAUGAAGAGACGACAUAUCAAAAUGUUGCUGAAAAUGGGCAAUUGUAUAAUCACGAGGAAUCCAAGAGGCACCCCAAGAAAAGAAAGUUGGAGUCUUUCGUCUCGAACUAUGAGUUUGUGCCUCAAAGGGGAAUGUGGAGCGAGGAGGAGAGCUUUGUGUUGUUGGAGGUUUGGGGGGAAAGGUAUAUGGAGUUAGGGAGGAGGAGUUUAAGGACGGAGGAUUGGGUCGAGGUUGCUGAGAAGGUGUUGGAGAUGAGUGGAGUUGAGAGAACAGAGAUGGAGUGUAGGAGCCAGUUGGAUGUGCUGAAGAACAAGUAUAAGAAAGAGAGGGUCAAAAUGGAAAUUGGGCAAGCGAGCAAAUGGGUGUUUUUCAAGAAAAUGGAUGUUUUGUUGAAUAUGAGGACUAGAGGCCAUUGUGGGUUGGGGUGUGGGAUCGAUUCAGGGGAGUAUGUGUUUAUGAAUCCGCGGGUGUACUUGGAUAGGUCUAAUUUGUUGGAUGAAAUGAGGGACAGUCCAGGGCAGUCAGACGAGGAGGAUGAUGAGGAGGAAGGUUUAGGAGAUGAGGAGGAAGGUGCAGAGUCGGCUAACUUGUUGGCAGAGUCUAUUCAGAGGUUUGGACAGAUAUAUGAGAAGAUUGAGGACAGUAAGAGGAAGCAAAUGAUGGAGUUGGAGAAGAUGAGGCGAGAUUUUCAGAGGGAGUUGGAGUUGCAGAAGAAGCAGAUUGUUGAGCGUGCGCAGGCUGAAAUUGCUGAAGGGUUGAUGAAGUUUCCUAGAUAUUGGGAAGAUGCCGACGGAAUCCCUACAAUUCUCGUGGAGUGUUUCGCCUUCUGUAGAGCUCGAGCUCGACUAGCUGCACAGGAUGUAAUUGAGAAUAGUUGA